UCGCCGUGCCCUCCUGCGGCUCCGGGGGGCGGGAAGGUGGGAGGGGUGAUGAGGGGUGGGGGUAGGGAACGUGAAGUCUCGGAUUCCGGGCGGGAUCUGGGGUCUGGCAGCCCGCGGGGCUUGUAGACACUUCCAGAGAAGGCGUGGAGUUGGGCCUCCGCGGAGUGGGGUUGAGGGGACCGAGCUGGGUGGGUGGUGACGCUCGGAGGCUCCAGAUUGCCCAGGGGCGGAGUUUGACGUUUGCUGUGGGGGAAGCCUGGGAAGCAGUCCUGUGCCGCGGGGGGGGUUUAGGUGAACCGUAAUGCGGGGGGCGGGGGGUGGGGGCACAGAGGCUCUACCCCCACCUCGGAGAAACUUUAGCAACGGAGUAGAUGAGCAUGGGGUGAAGUCGGUGAAGGAGUAGACACACUGGGGUGAAGUGGGCAGGAGAAUAGAUACGCUUGGGCGUGAAGUUUGGCUGGGGUGAAGUUUAGGGGAGGCGUUGCUUAGGCCCUUACCUUGGGAUAGGGUUUGGGUGAGUUGGGAGCUGGUUGAAGACCUCGAGCUCAGAUGACAGAAAGUUAGGACUUGGGAUUCGGCGAUGGGAAGGGGCACCCGGAGCUCGGUAGCGCGGCGGGCAAGGCAGGCGCCAUGACCCUGAUUGAAGGGGUGGGUGAUGAGGUGACCGUCCUUUUCUCGGUGCUUGCCUGCCUUCUGGUGCUGGCCCUCGCCUGGGUCUCAACGCACACCGCUGAGGGCGGGGACCCACUGCCCCAGCCGUCAGGGACCCCAACGCCAUCCCAGCCCAGCGCAGCCAUGGCAGCUACCGACACCAUGAGAGCGGAGGUCCCAGGGGCAGAGACCCCCAGCCUGAGACACAGAGGUCAAGCUGCACAGCCAGAGCCCAGCACGGGGGUCACAGCAACACCACCAGCCCCGGACUCCCCGCAGGAGCCCCUCGUGCUACGGCUGAAAUUCCUCAAUGAUUCAGAGCAGGUGGCCAGGGCCUGGCCCCACGACACCAUUGGCUCCUUGAAAAGGACCCAGUUUCCUGGCCGGGAACAGCAGGUGCGACUCAUCUACCAAGGGCAGCUGCUAGGCGACGACACCCAGACCCUGGGCAGCCUUCACCUCCCUCCCAACUGCGUUCUCCACUGCCACGUGUCCACGAGGGUCGGCCCCCCAAAUCCCCCCUGCCCGCCGGGGUCCGAGCCCGGCCCCUCCGGGCUGGAAAUCGGCAGCCUGCUGCUGCCCCUGCUGCUCCUGCUGCUCCUGCUGCUCUGGUACUGCCAGAUCCAGUACCGGCCCUUCUUUCCCCUGACCGCCACUCUGGGCCUGGCCGGCUUCACCCUGCUCCUCAGUCUCCUGGCCUUCGCCAUGUACCGCCCGUAGUGCCUCCGCGGGCGUUUGGCAGCGUCGCCGGCCCCUCUGGACCUUGCUCCCCGCGCCGCAGCGGGA